ACACCAGGCCUCCUCCAGACUCGCAUUUUGGCGAAUCCAGUGCUCUUUCUCCAGUCCUUAUUCAAGGGCACGAUAUUUCUGAGUUGUCCGCUGGCGCCGAAGAGUCAUUUAUGAAUUUAACCGGCCAGAUUGUGACACAUUUGGUUUCCCUAACUUUAUGAAGCAGUAUCUAACAUUAUUCAUGUACCAGGCAUUUCAGAUUUGAAUAGCAAUCCGGAUUAGUAGGAUAAUCUAUGAAUGACAAUAUGGAUUCUGAUGAAGUUCAACAAACAGAUGGCAGCACAUUAGAAGAAACAACAAGUAGUCCUAAUCAAAGGAUGACAAGAUAUCAGAUCCUCACAUUGACGUCAAUCGCAUCUGUCAACUUCAGCUCAAUGAUUUGUUACUCUAUACUGGGACCAUUCUUCCCCAAAGAGGCCGUGAAAAAAGGAGCCAGUCAGACUGUCAUUGGCCUUAUAUUUGGCUGCUAUGCUCUGUGUAAUCUGAUGGGCUCCUUAGUACUGGGUAAAUAUAUUGUUCAGAUCGGGGCAAAGUUCAUGCUAAUUUCAGGCUUAUUUGUGUCAUCAGUGUGCACCAUUCUCUUUGGCUUACUCGACAAAGUUCCUGACGGAGCUACUUUUAUUAUCCUGUGCUUUAUCAUAAGGUCUGUUGACGCUGUGGGCUUCAGUGCUGCAAUGACCUCUUCUUUUGCAGUUUCAACAAAAGUUUUCCCAAACAAUAUAGCAACUGUUCUGGGUAGUCUGGAGAUCUUUACAGGGCUGGGUCUUAUACUGGGACCACCAAUAGGUGGAUGGCUGUAUCAGUCGUUUGGAUACGAAUUUCCUUUCAUGGCUCUGGGAUGCUUCCUAUUUCUCAUGGUCCCCUUCAACAUGUACAUCUUACCAAGCUUUGAUGCUGAUCCUAGCAAGGACUCUUUCUUCAGGCUGUUCACGCGUCUGAAGAUAGUCCUCAUAUGCUUUGCCAUAUUCACCCUGAGUUCUGGACUCGGCUUUCUAGAUGCGACCUUGUCCAUAUAUGCCAUUGAUACGUUUAACCUGUCUCCAGGCUAUGUGGGUCUUCUCUUGCUUGGUCUGUCGUUGCCUUACUGUCUAGCCUCACCUCUGCUUGGUAUCGUCAGUGACAGGUUUCCUUCCACAAGGCCGUGGUUCAUGGUGCUAGGAGGCUUGUUUACAGCAACUGGCUUCUGGUUCUUAGGUCCUGUCCCCAUUCUGCAGAUAAAGAGUCAGCUGUGGCUGGUGGUUUUCAUGCUGGGUAUCAUAGGAUUCUCUCUUAGCAUGACUGCCAUCCCUACCUUCCCUGAAAUACUAGACUGUGCAUAUGAAAAUGGAUUUGAGGAGGGGCUGAGCACUCUGGGACUGGUGUCUGGAUUGUUUGGAGCAGUGUGGUCCUUUGGGAUGUUUUGUGGUCCAACGCUCGGUGGCUUCAUCACACAACAGCUGAGCUUUGAGUGGGCUGCUUCUGUUCAAGGAGGCCUGACCUUUCUAGCCGCUUUUUUUCUUGGUGUAUAUUUUCUCUGUCAAAGAACACGACAAGAAAGGUCUUCUCAAAUCCAGACGAAAAGACCUUCCGAUGAAGCUACCCAUCUUCUGACCUGAACAACGAUCAUCUACCAGGAACAAUUUAUAUUUUCUGCUAUGAGAAACUGGUCAAAUUAAGAUCCUACACCUGUAUAUGUACAUCGGUGCUAAACGUGGAAUGUAACUUGUAUUAAAAUAUACAACUAAGAGGAUGAUGCUACCUACACAA